GACCCAAACAAUUGAGGCAGAACAACAACAACAAAAAGGAAAAAAACUGAAGUUAACCUGGACCCAAUCUUGGUUUCCCAGAGGCGGGAUUAUUCCCGGGCUCACUCCCCUCAAUCUGUCAUUGAUUGAUUACCACCUAUCCAAUCCUCAAUGGCUCAAGUAGUACAGCCCUGGCAAUGGCCCGCCCGGCAGUGUUCUCGCUAUGGGCCACGAGGUCGAACCGGUCUGAUCCGGCUGGCUCCCACCCACGCUCUUUGGACUGCCUCCAAUCCUACGGCCGCCUUGUACUCGGGUCAGGGUCGAGCUGAGCGGAUCUCCGGUGGGCCUCGUUCUCGUCCAGUCCUAGGGGCCGAGAGCACGUUGCGCGACCACCUCCGGGCGUGCUUUGAUCGGGCUCGACGCGAAAUGAUAGCCGUUCAAGAUCGCGAGACGCGUCACAAGCACGGCUUGACCGCCCGGGAAUUGUUCUUCCGCGGGGAGGCCCUCUUUGACUUGCACGUGGAUCCAGACUACCACGCUUUCACUUACGAAGGACGGGUCGUACUGCGUUUGGUUCGCCACACCUCUUGGGAGCCGGCCCGGCUACGAGCGGGCGUCCUGAUGGAACUCGUGUGGGACGAGGGCGGUCCUCCUCCGGUUGCGCCGGCCAAUUCCGACGUUGAUCCGGACUCUCAUUGCGGAGCGUUCUUUCGCCAUCCCAGGUCCGAUGGUCGAUUUCCGGCUUGGCGGUCUGUCAACGUGGUGAUCAGCCAUGUGGAAGACCAGCAUAUCUAUGUCCAAGUCGAGUCAUUCGAUAAUUUUUUGACGCAGGCUUUGACGCCCGUGUACGCCAAGGAUCAAGGUCCACGGGUUUCUCUUGAUUCUGACACCGGUCGUCUCCAGGUAUUUCUCAUUCGGCGGAGCGAGUUGGGCAUUUACGGUUUGCAAAUCCAGGCCCUGUCCCGUUUGCGCUCACAGCCCGGCGUCCGAACUCAACUCGACCUGCCCUUGCUUCCCGAGCUCAUUCGCGAGACCGGUUCGGCUGCCGCCACCCCCCCGUCUCAUUUCUUCCAUCCUGAAUUGGAUGCCUCCAAACGGGCCGCAGUGCAGCACUGUGACCGUCACCCCCACCUGAGUGUGAUCCACGGCCCACCUGGCACGGGUAAGACCACCACUUUAGCCGCGGCUGUGUUGUCAGCCGUGGCCAACGGUGACAAAGUCUUAGUACUGGCCCCCAGCCAUACUGCCUGUGAUGCUAUCACCAUGGCUUUGUUGAAAUAUUGGCCGGAAAGUAGAUGGGGCCCCAGUGAUCAAGGCGCCUUGGUCCGGAUUGGCAUGGACCUCCGAGUAACAGUGCGCGCUCUCACCCGAUACCUGGCGGUCAACCUCCAUGAAAAUGGGAACUUUCAGACUGUGGUCAAGAACUUGGCCAAUGUAAGGAGUGCCAUUCUCUCGCAUCCUCGCGGGGAAAAAGGCCUAGGAAAGCUCUUGGCCCAAGAGAAAAAACUGGUUCAGGCUCGAGACCGUGAAUUUCGGCUCGUGCAAGAUGCGGCGAUCCGACAGGCCCGGAUUGUGGUGGCUACCAAUUUGUCCGCGCUAAGAUUUCCCAUCUUCUCCCGAGUGUGGCAAGGCAAAUUCAACUUGGUUUGCAUAGAUGAAGCUGGAUUCGUGCCCGAUGAAAUUGUGUUGCCAUUUCUAACCUGUAAAGCCAGACUGAUCUUAUCCGGCGAUCAUAUGCAAUUGCCACCCAUCUAUUACUCGUUAGAUGUAACGAAAAGAUAUCCGGUGCAGAGCUUAUUUGAGCGGUUAAUCAAAUUUGCGCCCCAGAACGUGAACUUCCUGAACACUCAGUAUCGAUCGAAUGCCUUGAUCGCCCAAUGGAGCUCGCAAGAGUUCUACCACAAUCAGGUCCUCUCCCACGCCUCUGUGGCCAAUCAAUUGCUCGAAGAUCUACCUCAUGUCAGGUCUACAACGGAAACAUCCACGCCGUUAUUGUUUAUCGACACAUCCUCGCGACAAGACAGGCAUGAAACGAAGCUCACGGAUUUGGCUGAGGACGACGAGAACUCGUCGAUACUGAAUCGGGAGGAAGCUGCGCUGGUCGAUCAACUUGUGCGCAAGUACCUGAGCUUAAAAGUGGAUCCCUAUGAUAUUGGGAUCAUCACACCCUAUUGGAACCAGGUGAUGCUUUUGCGGAGCUUGAUUUGGACCAACAAACGGCGUCAAAAGAUUGAGAUUCGCACUGUGGAUGGCUAUCAAGGUCGCGAAAAAGAGCUGAUCAUCAUGUCUUUCGUCAGAUCAAAUGCUGAGCAUGACGUUGGCUUUCUCCGGGAAUCACGGCGAGUUAAUGUGUCCAUAACCCGAGCCAAACGAGCCUGCAUUUUGGUGGGCGACGCGAGCACGCUUAAGAUUGAUCCUGCUCUAGCCAAUUUCAUCUCGUUUUGUGAGGACAAGAAUGCACUUUUACCCGUGCGGGACAUUUUAUAGAGACGCUCCAUGCAGGAAUAAUGGUCUCAAAGUUACCUUCUGUUUGUUCAUUUCAAGGGUGUGAGGAAAAGAAAACGACCAAGAAAGCCAAAAAAUGAUUGUUUGCAAGUAUUGUGCGUACAGAUGUCUGUGCUUAUGUACAAGAAAGAUGCACAAUAUGUCUGGA